CAUCAGACAUGAAUCCCGCACUCUUUGAUCUAAGGGCUUUAUGCCUCAUGCCGGCCUCACUAUAUAUAGAUGACCAAAGCAAUAGAGAAACAAGUAAUAGAAAAGAGAAAAAGAAGUAAUAAUGGCUUCCUCUAUGCUCUCCUCCGCCGCUGUGGCUACCUCACCGGCUCAAGCCACCAUGGUUGCUCCAUUCACCGGCUUGAAGUCAUCCGCUGCAUUCCCAGUCACCCGCAAAAGCAACACUGAUAUUACUUCCAUUGCAAACAACGGAGGAAGAGUUAGCUGCAUGAAGGUGUGGCCACCAGUUGGAAAGAAGAAGUUUGAGACUCUCUCUUAUCUUCCUGACCUUACUGACGUUGAAUUGGCCAAAGAAGUUGACUACCUUCUCCGCAACAAGUGGAUUCCUUGUGUUGAAUUUGAGUUGGAGCACGGAUUUGUGUACCGUGAGCAUGGAAGCACACCUGGAUACUACGAUGGCCGUUAUUGGACAAUGUGGAAGCUUCCUUUGUUUGGAUGCACUGACUCUGCUCAAGUGUUGAAGGAAGUGCAAGAGUGCAAGACGGAGUACCCUAACGCCUUUAUUAGAAUCAUUGGAUUCGACAACAACCGUCAGGUCCAGUGCAUCAGUUUCAUCGCCUACAAGCCACCAAGCUUCACCGGUGCUUAAUUUCCUUUCUAAAAUAAUCAUAUAAUAAUCUAUACUCAUUUCACUUCCAAUUGCCUGUUUUUAUCCUCUUUGGAUUUCUGUCUGAGACAUUUUCUAUCGGAUUGUCAAAUGUCUGAUUUAUGGAUAUAUAUGUAAUUUCUAUAUCGUUGCUU